AAUUUGAAAUUCGAAAUUUCAAAAAAUAGCGGGUCCCGCAAGAGCCGUUCUUUGACAGAGGUUUCUUCUUCUCUUUCCUUAAAGCCCCUUUCUUUUUCCCGCCCAUUACCACUAUAUAUAUAGAGACAAAGUAGAACGCUCCUCUGUAUACAUUUCUCAAUCUCCCAUCACCCCAAUUCAGCAAUAUUCUCUCUCCUCUGUUUUCGUGCAGAAGAAAUGUCUCUCUCUAUGGAGGAUCCUUCCGCCAAAGAGCAAUCGUCUGCCUCUGGAAGAUCGACCUCGAAGCUUCUCAGAUAUCCGCUCCGAUCUGCGACCAGAGCCAAGGAGGAGAAGCCGCCGCUUGCCGAUUCCACCAACUCCGCCUCUAAAAGGGGAAGGGCUGCAUCAUCUGUAAGUAAGAGUGUGAAUGUUCUUGAUCUCUCCGUCAAGGAGAAGUCUGCUAAACCGCCUAGACGUCUCUCGGUUCCUUCGAAGUCAAAUGCAAGCCCUGCUGCAAAAUCUUUCGGAACUAUCACUCCGAUUUCCGAGGCUAGGGCAAAGAGGAAUGGUGUCAACCAUGGAAAAAGUAGUGACACACCUCUCUCUGAUGUUUCGAGGUCAUCUAAUAAUCGGAAAAAGUUCAGUGUUCUAUCGUCAGCUUCUUAUUGGCUCUCUCAGAUUAAGCUCUCUGAAUCUGCUGCUAAGCACUCAAUCUCUCUUGGUUUCUUCAAGCUUGCUUUGGAGGCUGGAUGUGAGCCUAUACAGAGGAUGAGCGACGAACUAAAAAUGUACGCGCGCAAUCACAACCUUUCGGAACUUGGAGAAACGGUGAAAGAAGUGUUCGACAGCUAUAAGAUAUCUGAAAACUUCGAAUCAUCACAGGGCUCCGAAACCUGUCCACAAGUGCCCGCUGAGGGUAACCAGUUAUCUGACAACGAUGACGAUGCUAAUAGCUCUUCGUCUUCUAUAACUGAUGCUGAGAAGCUGAAACCAAAGUCGUUGGACAUAAAUGCCGGUGAAAUUCGCCAAGCAAACAAAGCAAACAAUGAAACCACUCAGAAUGAUGGUCCAGUGAAGAAAACCACAAGACCAGUACGCAAGAAUGCUGCAAUCUCAAAGGCUGCUCCUGAAGUCAAGGGCCGCAGUGUCCAAAAGAAACCUCAAAAACCGACGAAGCAAGAUAAGGAAAAGGUGAAGAAGCAGGCAAAUAAAUCUGCUCCUGAGGAAGGUCCUCUUAACACUCCAUCAGAUGGAAAUCUGCAGGAAAACAAAGAAAACAUGGUUGCGCAGCGAACGGAAGAGAUCAUCGAGUCUGAAGUUUAAACGAAUAUCUUAUUAAUAAUGAGUUUUUGGUUGGGUUUCUUUCCAAUUGUAUAUGAUACUGAAUACUAAGGUGGAACUGUCUUUUUUGAGUCUGGUUUGGUGUGUGAAGUUUGUAAUUGUGUGGUCUCUGUUCUUGAUUGUCUUUUCUUUAUACUAUGAGCCUAUCUUUACAAUUUACACACUUCUGUAUUUUUUAUUAUUUUGAACCAAUUUAUUUUUAAAUUGUACUUAAAAGAAAGAAAGGCAAGUGGUCAAUGAUAUUUUGAAUGAUUA